CUCUUCACUCUUCACUCUUCACUCUUCACUCUCCAGAUACAGAUCUCCCUUUAUUCACGAUGGCCCUUCGUCUCGCCGCCUCUCCACUGGCCAUGGGUCGCUCGACCCCUGCUCUUCGUCUUGCUGCUUCCCUGCGCUCGUCCGCCUCGUUGAACGGCCGUGUCUACUUUCACGCCUCUCGCAAUGCUGCCGCUGCCACUGGCCAGACCUCUGGCGAUGUCACUGAUGUCUACAAGCCUGUCGUUUACAAGAUCCCUGCCCCUAACCAGAUGCACGGAUCCUACCACUGGGACUUUGAGCGUCUGUUGUCGGUCGCGUUGGUCCCUCUGUUUGCUGCCUCGGCCAUCAGUGGAGCCCACCCUAUUACGGACGGUCUCUUGGGAGUUGUUGUGCCCAUUCACGCGCACAUUGGCUUCGAUGCCAUGGUGACUGACUACCUCCAUCCCGGCAAGGUCGGCGUGCUUGGCAACAAGUCCAUCAACUGGGCUCUUCGCGGCGCGACUGUGUUGGUCCUGGUCGGAUGCUACCAGUUCAACACCUCGGAUAUUGGAUUGACCGAGUUGGUCAAGAAGGCCUGGGAGGCAUAAGUUUGCGUUCUUCUUAGUUCAGGAACCAAGCAGUAGAUGAAAUAAUCAUUGGAUACACACAUUCCUAUGGCCUAGCUUGAGCAAGAUGCACCUGUAUGUCAUUCUGUUGAAUAGUUUGUUACCAACCUGUUUCUUAGUCUUGAUAUCUAUCAUGCCUGCGUCUGCAAGGGCAUCAUGAAGAGGUGAAUUGAGCAUGCCAAAUGCCUCUUCAGAAUGUACCUGAGCCAGCCUUGACUACG